CUUGGCUGAGACUCGGCGACGUCACCCAACCCCGCUGCUCCGACGUUCCCUACGCGCCGCCUUGUCCGCCGCUAAUGGCGGCCUUUAGCCCCAUAGGCCACCCACGCGACGCCGCGGCAGCUGACUCGACGGCCGACGCUGCAGCAUAUACGCCACAGCUCACUGUCCGCUGCGCCUUCCCCGCGCGCGCGCGUGCCAGGAUUGGCUCAUUUUCGUUGGCCGGGGAAGAGGGGAUUCCCCGUGACGGUGGCCGUGCGGAAAUUCGCUCCGCCCCCGUGCGGCGCCUUCUGCCCACACGUUCUUUUUUUGAUUCCCGGGGAUGCGGAGGCCGCCGUCGGGAUCGCGACGGGGAUGUUGCCGGGCGGCAAAGCAGUGGGGCUGCUCGGCACUUGAUCCAUUCCUUCCUGGCAGUGGUGGCGCAAGUGGCCGGCAGGACAGGUGCCCGGCGCCCCCGGCGCUGCGUCUAGCUGCUUCUAUGGGAGUGGCCGGGUUCUUUUAAGCCUUGGCUGGUUGCUGUUUCUCGCCGCGGAGGCGUUCUGGGCUGAUCUUGCUGGCGCCUGGGGAGAAGAAGCCAGCGGUCGCUGAGAACAUUCAAGCAAAUCUAUGAAACUGCACUGCACUUGAAAGCUGUAAUCAUGUCAGAUUGACCUGCCAAAAUAUUUUGGGAGAAAGAGUUUCAAAUUCUGUCGAGCGAAAGUGAUCUUGGUUUACCUUUUGAGCUCAUCAAAGCUAGAGUGUCUGAAAGACUGAUGCUUGGAAUGAGCAAUACAGGUGCAUCUGCAGAGAAUACACAUCAGUUUAGUUCUAAGACGUCGGGCAUAACUCAUAAUGUUUGCCAAGGAGUUGAAUGCAAGAAUGUUGAUCGGGUUGGUACACCUUUUGGAAGUUCCAGGAUGCUAAAAAAUAUGAACUUAUAUGCUGCUAAUACAGUGGUAUCAGAAAGAUUUUCUUUUCAUAAGCUUUCAGAUAUAUCUGUGAAUUUUCGCAAUGUUUUGAGCUCGGACAAUCUGAGUAUGGAGUGGAAUCACUUCCCCAUGUUUGAAAUCAACCGGAAGAUUGACAGUAUACUUAACCCAAGGCGCACUGCAUUUGGUACUUCACCUGAUAAGUCUUUUGUUCAGCAGAAAGAUUUGAAGGUAAACAUGUCGACAUCUAAUGUGAUGGCAUUUUCAUCAAAGGAAUAUCAGUUCCCUUCACAUCGAGUAGCUGAUGAGAAUAAAAGUAAGUGCAGAUCUACAGGUGGCAUCCUGUCUCACCAAGAUAAACAUAUUGGUCUCAAGUUUGAUCAGGCUGGGAAAAAACUGAAAGGCCAUUUAUCAAUUGAAGAGUCAAACUUUUGCAGCAAGAAUGAGACUGAUUCAUCAUGUUCAAUGACAGACAAGCUCUGUGCUAGCAAUCUUAUGAAUACAAAGGAAGCACCUUGUUGUUCUAGUGAGAACAAUUUCAUGUUCUCAGGAAGCAGAAAAGAGAAUGAAAAUGCUGAAGGUAAACUCCUGGAAAUGAAAUUAGGAGCAUUAGGAGGGUGCCCUAAGCAACAAGAUUUUGAGAGGGCAGCAGAUCAUGGCCUAGUGCUUGGUAGAGAAUGUGGGAUGCGACAGGUCAAUGCUUCUACCACCAGUGAAGGGAGUGAUGUGGGAACUAGUGGUCGUGGUAUGGUCUUUGGUAAUCUAUUACAGAGUGAACAUGAGAAUCUGCAUGCACACAGAGUGAAUUCUGAAACGAAGUCGACAGAAUCCUGCGACCUACCUGGUAAAAUUGAAAGCACACUGGCAAUGAAGAGCAAAGUUGAAACAUUGGCCCUUGGGAAACCGCCAAAGGACAUAUCGACAGAUGGCAAGCAAAAAGGUCCCUGCUUAUUUGAAAUGCUAACACUACCUUCCAAAUCACAGGGUACAUAUUUCAAUGACCCCAUAUCUUCAGGUAGAUCUUGUGGCAACAUGGGUACUUGUUCGCUGGGAGCGCAGAAACAGUUCGCAACUAAGACUGAUACUUUGUACAGUGGCACGCAUCAUGCAUCAGGCUUUGCUUCAACGUCAACACACAAGGUAUUAUACCAGCUUGGUGUUUGCAACCAUAAAAGUGACUCUGGCUGUCCAAACACGGCAAAAUCUAAGCAGAUAGCAACUUCAUCUAUCAGAGGAGUUUCAAGCUGCAGUGGAGGAAAUGAAACUCUCAACGUGAGUGCAGGAAAUCACAGGUCUUGUCUGAAAGAGUCGUGCACCAAUAAGCAAGAAUGGAGCAUGCCAAAGACAUCAAGCAUGAACCUAGAUCUAGUUCUUUUUCAGAUAAGCAGAAUGAGGAAUCCAAUUUCCAGUGCUCUAAUUGAGUCACCAGUAUGUUCGGAGCCAAGUGACAGGUGGCUCAAACGUCUGCAAAAUGAUAUCUUGGAUCCUCAUUUUCCUUGUUCCAAGAGAUCAAAAAUUGGAGAUGGUCCACCACCUGGAGGAUCAUGUACCAUCUUUGGUCAAGAGCUUAAUUUCGAUACAGGAAAAGCUGACAUGAUCAACCAGGCGAAGGAGGUCCAGCUAAGGUAUGGAAGAUUGAUUAACCAACAAAAUCUAGAAGGCUCUCUUAUUUCAGCAAAAAGUCUUAACAGUUGGAUAGGAAGAUGGUGCCAAGGUGGCACCCCUAUUUACCAUGGCACUUCAAAUGUUGAAAAGCAAACAUCAAAGUUUAAUAUGCCACCUGAUGAUCUUGGAGGCCAGUUUCCAAGCAUUGCUGCAAUGGCCAUGAUGGGGCGAGCAAUGAACAAGCUGCGACCGUGUGAACUUCAGAAAAGGGGACCUUCGGUAGUGUGGAAGACACAAGGGCUGUGACAUUUGAGAAGUGUGCUUAUCCUUUUUCUGUCCACUAGCUGUUGCCUGUCAGCAGAUAUCUGCAGGUAAAAAAGAUGUGUUGUUAAACUAAUUAUAAUGCGUGAUUGCCUAGCCUAUUCUUUGUCCUAAAUCUUUCUCUCUUCUAGUAUAGUGUCCCACACUCUCACCAAUAUAUCUAUGAUGUAUUAAAUUUUAUCAGUUUUCUUCUGUGUUCCAUGAAAAACAAGAUUGUAACAUUAAUGGAUAAGAUAAGCACGCCUUUAUCCUUCCUUGAA